CCCUAGCCCCUCCCACAGAGCGCCCGGCUCUUUAGUGCGCAGUAACUUGCUCUUAGUUGGACGCAAUUUCGCACUUAUUUAUCGGGUCACUGGACACCAGCAGACUGACAGGCAAGCCACAGGCAUACCUCCGAGCUGCUGCAGGUGGAAUGAGUGCACACGUCACUGCUUCUUAUUCACCUGUUAGACAAGUAUCUGGAAAAGUUACCAGACUGGUUUGCACCACUUUGUCAGAGGGAGAAGAGGGAAAGGAAAUAAAGGAGCAUUAUAGCAAGAGGAGGGUUUUGGAAGUGUCAGCUCCCCCUGUUGCUUUGUUUAGUACGCUCCAGGAACUGCUAUCAGAGUCAGAAAGUUGGGAGCUGCUUGUGGAGUGGAAAAGGAAGGAGCAGGUCAGGCAUGGGUGGUGUGUGUCACUGCUCCAUGUUUGCGUCUCACUGGAUGACAUGUUGGUAACAUUUGCCAGGGCAGCACUCUGGAAUUAUGUCUGCACAGAUAACUCUAAAAGGAACGAUGGAUGUGCAAGCCGAGGAUUUAUUCAGAGAUGUGGAGAGUGAUGCAUUUGUCAAUGAGAGCCAUGGAGGUACUGGUUUCCAGCAAAACUUCAGUGCCUGGCCUGGUGCAUUUCAGGUUGCUUGGCCACUUACUAAUCAUCAAGAUUUGGCAAGUGAAACACAAGACAAUGGGAAUAAAAGUGGCGGAGAUGAAAUUGAUGUCUCCCUCUGUGAUUCCCAGCAGCAAGGCCGCAGUCGCACAUCAUCACUAGUAAAUGGACUACUUACGGAGCUCUAUGAUACUUAUCGUGGUGGGGCAGGCUGUUACUAUUUUCGCCAACAGGAUAGUGUGGACAGCUCAACUGAAGCAUCUGGAUCUGAUGCCUUCCUGAGCAGGAGCAACCCCGAGUCUGGUUUCCUGCAAGAACUUAGUGAAAGGCAAAGCAGCAGGCACCAGAUGCUGUACUUGAAGCAGAAAGAUUGCAGUGAGCUAAAAGCCAUAAAGGAUGAACUUAAUCGACGCAUUGCAAUACAGUCUGCUAAACUGCUGCGACAAGUGAAGCAAAAGGAUAGACUUCAGCACAAAGUGCAAAAGAAUUGUGACAUUGUUACUGCAUGUCUUCAAGCUGUUUCACAAAAACGCCGAGUGGACACCAAAUUGAAGUUUACUCUUGAGCCAUCUCUGGGUCAGAAUGGAUUUCAGCAGUUUUUUUGCUUACAGUGGUACGAUGCUCUUAAAGCUGUGGCCAGAUUGCCAACUGGGAUACCAAAGGAAUGGAGGAAAAGAGUAUGGCUCACUCUGGCUGAUCACUAUUUGCACAGCAUUUCAAUUGACUGGGAUAAAACAAUGCGCUUUACAUUUAAUGACCGGAGCAAUCCAGAUGAUGAUUCAAUGGGAAUACAAAUUGUAAAGGAUCUUCACAGAACAGGCUGUAGCUCUUAUUGUGGACAAGAGGCAGAGCAGGAUCGAGUGGUGCUAAAACGAGUAUUACUUGCCUAUGCUAGAUGGAACAAAACCAUUGGAUACUGCCAAGGAUUCAAUAUACUGGCAGCACUUAUACUCGAGGUUAUGGAAGGGAACGAAGGAGAUGCUUUAAAGGUAAUGAUUUAUCUGAUAGACAAAGUGUUACCAGAUAGCUAUUUUGCAAAUAAUCUGCGAGCAUUAUCUGUGGAUAUGGCUGUGUUUCGGGAUCUCGUGAGAAUGAAACUGCCUGAACUGUCCCAGCACUUGGAUGUGCUUCAGAGAACUGCAAACAAAGAAAGCGGAGGUGGUUAUGAGCCCCCUCUUACAAAUGUCUUCACCAUGCAGUGGUUUUUGACUCUGUUUGCAACUUGCCUUCCUAACCACACUGUUCUGAAAAUUUGGGAUUCUGUGUUCUUUGAAGGUUCUGAGAUCCUUUUACGAGUAUCGCUUGCUAUCUGGGCAAAAUUAGGAGAGCAGAUUGAGUGCUGUCAGAAUUCAGAUGAUUUUUACAGUACAAUGGGAAGACUGACUCAAGAGAUGCUUGAAGACAGUCUCAUAGACAGCAAUGAACUGAUGCAGACUGUUUACUCCAUGGCCCAGUUUCCCUUCCCACAGUUGGCAGAACUGAGAGAAAAAUACACAUAUAAUAUAACGCCUUUCCCAGCACCUGUUAAGUCAGCUUCAUUUUCUGGACGCACAAGCAAAAUGCGAGACAGUGAUGAAGAAAAUGAAAUCGAUGAAGAUGAUGUGAAUGCUAAUGCUGUUGGUUGUCUUGGACCAUUCAGUGGUUUUCUGGCUCCAGAACUACAGAAAUACCAGAAGCAGAUCAAAGAUCAAAAGGAAGAGCAGAGCCUGAAAGCUAGCAAUAUUGCAGAACUGAGUCCGGGUGCAAUAGAUUCCUGCCGAAGUGAAUAUCACGCAGUGUUUAAUAGCAUGAUGAUGGAACGCAUGACCACCGAUAUCAAUGCCCUAAAGCAGCAGUACUCCAGGAUUAAAAAAAGACAACUUCAGCAAAUUAAUCAAGUUUACAUUGCAGCAGGGCAUGGAGAAGAAAAAGCCUCUGCGAUCCCAUUUGAUCCCAGGGAUCAGCAGAAUACUGACAAAGGUCCUGUGAGCUGUAUUCUGCCAUCUCAGGUUAAUAAUUCUCCGGUCAUUAAUCAUUUAUUACUUGGUAAGAAACUGAAGCAAGUCAACCGGUCUAAAAAUGCUCUCCAUUUGCCAGCAUCCAAAUCAUCCCUUCUGGCCAACGAAGAAACCAAAGCUAAGCAAAACUCUCCCUGGCGUACCCAUAUAAGAGUUCAUAGAAAAAACAUUGCAAGGGCUAAAGGAGAGCUUGGCCAUGGGGAUACCAUAGGACUUAUAGAUGAGCAGAAUGAGGUACCUAAAGAUCAACCCGAUACCUCAAAGGAAACUGAGGAAACUGCACAGCCUCCAUGCUCCUCGGCAGGGGAAGAAACUAGCUUGGACAGAACUGUUAUGAAGGUUGAUGGCCGAUCUCCAGAGCCUGUUUACCAGGAUGAAAAUGCAAAUGUAACUGUUGUUCAGAGCAAGCUGGAGGCACUGGAGUUGAGCCCAGAUGCUGAAACAGAAGUCAGCUUAGAAAUGAGUCAGACAUUCCAGGAGUCACAAUCAGAUUCCCAUAGCUCCUCUAGUGAAAGUGAAUCUUUCAAAAAAUCUCCCAAAGUGCAAGUAUUUAGCCCUUUCCCAAGUGUCAAACCACUUAAAAAAUCUGCCACAGCCAGAAAUUUGGGUUUGUAUGGGCCAAACAGUAGAACGCCAAGUGUAAAUUUCCCACAUAUGAGCAAAACCUUCAACAAAGCUGCAAAUGGUACCACUGGUAGCAAGAAGCGGUAACGUGGUGCUACUUUUCUAUGCUUAUCAGAGACACUGUUCUUUUUCUUCCUAGGCCUGAAGCCUUUGUUCUUUCAUCCACUUCACAGCAACGUGGCUACGUUUGGUGUUUUUGCAGUGGUGCAAAGUUGUGGUUCUUUGUAAUCGACCUAUGGGCUAUGUGACGUGGGUGAUAUUUAAUAUAGGUUGCAUCUCUGAAAAUCUCUAAAGGAAAUAUUGCGAUAAUUGUUGAAACAUGGAUCACUUUAAAGAUAUUUUUUUUGAAAAAUAAUUUUGUGUACCAUUCAUAUUUAUGGGUUGAACAUUGCAUUUUUCUUGGUAGUCCCAUCUACUAUUUACAGCACAUUUCAACGUUUAUCCUCGAAAUAGACUUUAUAUAGCUUUUUCUAACAUGGGACAAAACAUUGCAAAUAGCACAUUCAGAUUUAUGUGCAUAUGCUAUAGGUACACUGCUGCUGCUGCUUGCUAUUGUAUCAGACCGCAUGUUAGAGCACAAAAAUGUAUGGCAUUGGAGGCCUGAAAAUUUCACCCCCCUCUGGUCAGUACAAUAUCAGUACUAGUCCAGUCAUUCAUAUCCAGCUUUGUUAUACACACCCUCACCGAACAGAAAGCUAUUUAUUCUCCCAGCAUGUGCAACACUGCAAGGCUUUUCUACUUUUAAAACAAGGGAAAUUGACCAGUUAUAUCUGAAAAUCAUGCUCAUUGUCACAAACUUGCUGCAUAUGUUUGGUUUUGUGCUCCUUUCAGUUAUUAAAAACACAGAGACAUACAUAAAGGUACCAGUCAACAAGCAAUUUAGUAGGACUGUACACACAUAUACAUACAUAUAUGCCAUAUCUCAUUUUCUGUAUCUGUGCUACUAUGGGCCCAUUACAGAAAUAGAAUGUAAUGAACAUUUUUACAAACAUGUAUUUUGGAGGAUUUUCCCAAGUGAAGAGGUAACAAAAUAUUACAAUAUUGCACCUUUAUUGAAUAUAUUAAAAUAUUCCUAUCGUUAUUAUAUUACAUGCUAUUUAAUUUUCAGUGAUACAGAUACUGAAUUAGGAUGUACAUGUCCUUGGAUUUUCUACUGAUGAGUCUUGGAAGUUUAUAUUGAGAUGUGUUCACUGGGACAUCAUGAGCAUUAUCAUGUGUCUGUAAUCUUGCUGAGAUGGGAUGGUGCAAUUAUUUUUUGCUGGAGCAGAAGGUAUGGGAAUGAUUGCCUCAGUUAUGCAUGCAUUAUUUUGCAUCUUGUGCUUCUGUGUUCAGACAUAUUAUUGGAAAGAGGCUUUUCUAGAACGCAGAUAAGAUGUUCUUAGUAAUCUUGAGGCUGUGCCCACUUACAAACGUUUUUGUAGAUGGAAUUGUAUUCCCUGGAAAAUAUCACCUGUCUUUACCACAGCGUUUCUUUAUCCUCUCAUCACAGUGCCAAAAUGCAUGGUUUUUGUAAAGCAUUAAAAUGACAGGAUGGAAACAUGGUGAUCUGUGUACAGCUUAUGUUUUUGUCUGUCUGGCCUGAUCAAGCAGGCACUAAUUGAUAAUAAAGUACCUAAGCAUCUUUG